UCGCCAUCGGUCGGAUCAGUUGACCGGUUGACGGCCCGUAACUUGGACGCGUAUUUCGGCGCAGCAGUGUAAGCACACCGUCAGCAACAAAUAGUUUGGUUUGCAUGCCAGGGUGGGCCCUUUCUGCUUUCUGCGAGGCACAGUCAGCAAUAUAGCGGCAGUUGUACCGAAAGUGGAUCAUAAAGUCAAAGCAUUUGAGGGUGGCAGAAAUUCCAUCGUUGGAUUUUGCUACCAGCUUCUCCUCCAUCCCUAUACCAAGCCAGUCCGCAGUGAGUGAAGACGUGUCAACGAGUUAUGUGAACUGACCGUAUGUUUUGAGCUAUUUUUCGGUCAAAUAACGUCUGCAAACAGCAGCGGGUGAAAAUUGAUGCCCCUUUAUUUGUGACUGAAGAUCUUGAUAGUGCUCUUGUGCGUCACCAGACCGGACAGUGUGAAUCCGAAAGCAACCAAUUGACGCGAAAACAUGGAUAAGAAGGAAGUGGUGCUUGUUACAGGCGGUUCCGGAUUCUAUGGACAGCACUUGAUCAGGGUGCUGCAGGAGCGGGACAGCAAGGUUGGCGAAAUACGAGUGCUCGACCUUAACCCUUACGAGAAUCGGCUCGGUCACACCGAGAGCAAGAAAGUUGUCUCGUACGUCGGCGACAUCUGCGACGCGAAAGCGAUCGAGCACGCAUUCGAAGGCGUCGACUGCGUGUUUCAUCUGGCCGCGUACAUGAACUUCGACUUUCCGCCGAACUAUGGCGAUUUGCAGCGCGUCAACGUGGACGGGACGGCGCGGGUGAUCGAACUGUGCCGCCGGUACAGCGUGCCCCGGCUCGUCUUUGCCAGCGACUGUCUCAUCCACAUGACACCGUACCUGGGCAAGGCCAACUUUACCAUCAUCUGCAACCAGACGGAACCGAAGACGAAGGUCCCGGCGAAGGAGAGCGACUUCCAGAUACCGGGCUACGCGUCCUCCAAGUGGCGGGCGGAGUGUCUUGCAAUUGAGGCGAACGACACCGACCUGGCGAAUGGUGAGAAGCUGAAAACCAUCGCCAUCCGGCCGCCGGUAAUGUUUGGCGAGUGCGACGAGCGGUUCGUACCGUCCAUCACCAAGGUAGCGCUCAAGUUCGGCGGCAGCAUCCCGAAGCUGGCCGGCCCCGGCGGCAAGCAGCAGAUUAUCUACGCGGGCAACGCGGCCUGGUGCCUGGUGCGCGCGAAGGACGCACUGGUCGAGAACGCGAAAAACAUCGCCGGCUAUCCGGUGUUUGUGACGGACGAGUCCGGCAUCGAGGAUACGACCCGCUUCUGCCAGCGCAUUUCGCGCGCGAACGAUACGCUCAAGCUGCGCCCCUCCAGCUACCAGAUACCGCUGUUCCUGUCCUACUUCCUAGCCUUCCUGCUCGAGCUGAUCGUGAAGGCGCUGCACCCGUUCACGCAAAUCCGGCUGCCCGUUUCGCCGUGCGGUAUGCUCUCCUACAUGUCCUCGAUUAUGCUGUUCAAUCGGAUCCGGGCCUCGAUCUACCUGGACUACGAGCCCAUCUACAGCGAGGAGAAAGCCGUCACGAACAGUGCGCUGUGGUACGAGCGCUGGUAUCAGGACUACUGUGAAGCCCAUGGGCUGAAGAAGCUGAAGGUGAAGUGAAACCCCGAGGGGAAAAACGAACACGUAAAGGUGGAGCAGAAAACAAACACAAACAACCAAGUGGUUUAGCAUCCACCCAAAAUCCAAAAUAGCACUGCCUAGUAUCCCCCGAAGCUUGAGUUCGGGUGUCCGGCGAGUGCGAUACGCAAAUCGCUCGUUAAUAGAUCCCCCAUACAGUAUUCGUAGCUGGGUGUGCUGUUUUCUAUACUCACUGUUAGCGAUGCUUUUUUUACUGCUUAAGGACUGAAAUCCAUCGGUGCUAAGAAUCACGGGAUACUGUGCCCCAGCACAUCUCACAUCUCCGGAUGCCUCCGGCUCCCAAAACUCGACUUCUUGGAAGCUAUCUAAUGAAGCCAAGGCUUUCAGGGGCGUCUUUUGCAAAACCAUUUAAUUAAAAUUAACUUCACGAUUAUUAGGCCGCCUGGUGGAGGGCGACGGAUGGGGUGAAGAACUGCCCAGCUUAGCGCAGUACCUUUCACACAUACGCACCGCGUCGUUGUUCCUGUCUGUUGGCAUUGCCGCCAGCACGGGACAUCCAGCCAGGGCUUUUGCACGAUGUAUACUCCUCGCACUGCACAGACCGCUGAAAUCGAUCGGUAGAGAAAUUAAUUAAACUUGUUUUUCAGAGGCGAACGUGGGGUAUUGCGUGGCGCUCUUACUCUCCUCCACCCGGCUGCCUUGCCAUCGGACUGCUUCAAACUGACGCGAUACCGUUCAAAAUCUAAUUACCUUCUUCAAUAAUCACGAUAAUCUUUGACAAUCGCACGGCGGCAGCGUGCGGCACAGUUUGUUUAUGCUAAUGUACAUUUUAUUUAUUUUCACCUCCCCCCUCUCUAUCUCUCUUUCUUUCCUUCUCCCUGGAGUGAUCGCCUGCAAGAACACCAACCAUGUAAGAAAGGAUGGAAUGCUAAAAUUACAUUUUUUGUUGUUUAAUUUUUUGGCUUUGCAAAGCACGCCUUCUGCUUUGGUCAUAAAUUCCUCUCCCGACAGGGUUAGAGGCUUUUUUUGGCUCCUUUAAGCCCUCAGAAUUGUAACAUUCCGCACCCUAUUAGGUAGGUAGGUAGGUUAAGGGGUUUAGUUAGAUGUUAAUUAUGACUAGAUACUUGGCCGGUACGUGGCACAAAAAAGCGCCGUAAGGUCCGGUUCAGUUCAGUGUAAAAAGCAAAAUUACGCAAGAUGAAAGCAAUAUAAUAAAGGUUGGUCUGGUA